CUACAGUACCGAUCACACGCGAUCGUACGAUUUUCCACGACGUUGAUAUUCCAAGGGACGUGAUAAACGAUAGAGCAAGUAUGGCGACUUCACGAAUGAGUCGGAGGGGGAGCUCCAAAAUGCUCCGGACGUUGGGAGGAGUCGACGUCGACGAGAUGCACUUCCUCGGUGAUAUGGAUCGAGGAGCCUCAGCUAAAGAAGAAAACCGUUUCGUCUUCGAGGUUGCAUGGGAGGUGGCUAAUAAAGUUGGAGGGAUCUACACAGUGAUUCGAUCCAAGGCUCCUUACACAGUAGAUGAGCUAGGAGACCAAUACAUCCUGUUAGGACCAUACAAUGAGAGCACAGUACGCACUGAGGUAGAGAUCAUGGAACCUGAAAACCCUCGCAUCAAAGCAGUCUUGGACAAAAUGAAAGAACAAAAUGUCAAGGCUGUGUUUGGCCGAUGGCUGAUUGACGGCUCACCCAACGUAGUCCUCUUUGACAUUGGAACUGCGGCUAAAUUCCUAGAGACCUGGAAGAAUGAGCUGUUUGAUCUGUCACACAUUGGAGUACCUUGGCAUGACAAGGAAGGCAAUGAUGCCAUCAUCUUUGGCAACAUGUGCACCUGGUUUCUGGCUGAUUACCGUGCUCAGUUUGAGGAGUGGGAGCGCCCUCUGUUGAUAGCGCAGUUUCAUGAAUGGAUGUCAGGGGUCGGUCUAUUGCUGUGUCGUCUCAAGAAUAUCGACAUCUCAACCAUCUUUACCACCCAUGCCACAUUGCUUGGACGUUACCUCUGUGCUGGCAAUGUAGACUUCUACAACAACCUGGACAAGUUCAACCUUGAUAAAGAAGCUGGUGAUCGAGGUAUCUAUCAUCGUUACUGUAUGGAGAGAGCUGCCGCUCAGACAGCUCAUGUCUUCACUACAGUAUCGAAGAUUACAGCUGAUGAAUCGGAACACCUUCUCAAACGUAGACCAGAUGUGAUCCUUCCGAAUGGGUUGAAUGUGAUCAAGUUCCAGGCUAUCCAUGAGUUUCAGAAUCUUCAUGCCAAGGCCAAGAACAAGAUCAGUGAUUUUGUCAGGGGUCAUUUUCAUGGGCAUUAUGACUUUGAUUUGGACAAGACGUUAUAUUUCUUCAUAGCCGGACGUUAUGAAUACAGCAACAAAGGAGCUGAUAUUUUCCUUGAGUCUCUUGCUAGACUAAAUCACUACCUCAAGGCUUCAAAGAGUGACAAGACAGUAGUUGCUUUCCUCAUCAUGCCGGCGAAGACUAACAACUUCAACGUGGAGUCCCUCCGAGGGCAGGCUAUAUGUAAACAACUCAAAGAGACGGCAGCUGAGCUACAGACCAAGAUGGGACAGAGACUCUUUGAAACAGCUCUGAGAGGUGAGAUCAUCAAGCCGGAAGACCUCUUACUCUCUGAAGAUCUCGUAAAGCUGAAGCGUUGUAUCUACGCCAGCCAACGUCCUCACCUACCACCUAUCUGUACACACAAUGUGAUCGAUGAUCAUCAGGACCCUGUGCUAUGUAAUCUUCGUCGUCUCAAGAUGUUUAACGACCGUAGCGAUCGUGUCAAGGUAAUCUUUCACCCUGAGUUUCUCUCGUCUACCAAUCCUCUGUUUGCCUGUGAUUAUGAAGAGUUUGUUCGUGGAUGCCAUCUCGGUGUCUUCCCUUCGUACUAUGAGCCUUGGGGCUAUACACCAGCUGAGUGCACUGUAAUGGGUAUACCUAGCGUCUCAACGAACCUGUCUGGGUUUGGUUUGUUCAUGGGUGAACACGUAGCUGAUCCUACCUCCUAUGGCAUCUACAUUGUAGAUAGACGCUUUAAGAGCAGUGAAGAAUCCAUUCAGCAGCUCGCUGGGUACAUGUUUGACUUCACGAGGCUGAAUCGUAGACAGCGCAUCCUGCAACGAAACCGAACAGAGAGACUGAGCGAGCUCUUGGACUGGAAGAAUUUGGGAGUGUACUACCGUAAGGCUCGUUAUGUAGCACUCAACAAGACUCACCCAGAACUGUUUCAAGGAGACGAGAAUGGCGAGGAAAGAACCAUGUUCCGUUACCCGAGAGCAGCAUCAGCUCCUCCUUCACCUAACAGCUCCCGUGCGUCCACACCUAUCCCCAGCAACGAUGACGACGACGACGAGGACGACGAUGAGGAAGAUGAGGAGCACUAACUAUCAGGAGGUUUACUUCAGAGAAACCUAUACACAUUCACUGAUUGGACCAGGCAGCAUCCCAAAGAAAUGGUAAAAGGCUGGGGUAGGAACCAACAUGAAAUGCUAUAUAUGGGACACACAUUCACCAAUUGGACCAGGCAGCAUCCCAAAGAAAAAGUGAAAGGCUGGGGUAGGAACCAACAUGAAAUGCUAUAUAUGGGACACACAUUCACCGAUUGGACCAGGCAGCAUCCUGGCUAAAGGCUGGGGUAGGAACCAACAUGAAAUGCGUUAUAUGGGACACACAUUCACCGAUUGGACCAGAUAGCAUAUCCCAAAGAAAUGGUGAAAGGCUGGUGUAGGAACCAACACGAAAUGCUAUAUAUGGGACACACAUUCACAGAUUGGACCAGGCAGCAUCCUGGCUAGAGGCUGGGGUAGGAACCAACAUGAAAUGCUAUAUAUGGGACACACAUUCACCGAUUGGACCAGGCAGCAUCCUGGCUAAAGGCUGGGGUAGGAACUAACAUGAAAUAUUCUCUUGUCCAGUCUUCUGUUCGCGUACUGCCUUGAGACCAAAGUUGAAUGGGCUUGGGCUUGGCCUCGGACCGAAUCGUGUGUUAAAAGUCUAUAGAAGUUUAUAGUUCUCAGAGGCCUCAACACUUGGAACUGCCUGCCUUAACUACAUCACUUAGUGAUACAAUCCAACCUGUCUAAGUGUCCACCUGGCUAUAAAAGCCACCUCUUCAUGUCACCAAUAUAAGUCUUCCUCCAGGGGGAAAUAUAUGUUGUAGGAUCUGUUUUGACAGAGGACCUGCAUGGGUGGCAUUUUACAGAUGGGUUUGACUGUAUGUGGGACUGAUCAAUCUUUUCUUAAAGAUUGGGGUAAAAACCAACAUGAAAUGCUGUAUGUUGGACUUAUUAGCUUCAAAUUAAACAAUGUAGAAUGUGUAGAUCUCUGUGUAUCGAUCUUUGUUGGAUUUUCUCCAAAUUGAAAUUAUAUCUUUAUUACAUCUCAGUGAAAUUCUAUGAAUUGACUGUAUGUAAUAAUGUAGAUGUGACACACAAUACCAUCCCCACCUAACACUCAACUCUUAUUGCAUAUUGAGUGGACUUUAUUUCAUGUGCACUGCCUAUUUCUGCACUGAAUGUGAUACCUAUGUAGUAUGGCAGAAAGAUAAUGUAAUAAAAAUGCAGCUGCCAUAGAGGGUUAAAUACAAUACAGACAGACACGGUCUCGUAGAAUACUGCGAUAACCAUCAACAAUUUGUGAUGUUUUAGUGUUGCUUCACCUAUGUAUUUAAAAGUAGCUGCACACACAUAUAUGAGAAAUACCGGGACUUGUUUUGAACCUUCAAAUCCAUUAUAUCUGCAGUGCAAAAAGUCAAUUUUAGCUGCAUGUUAAAUAUUACCUUUUUAAAUGAAUGCUCAACUGCCACAAUCUCAAAUUUAAACAAAAUAGUAAAGAUUGCAGCAGAUUGGGUAUGGUCCCAGUCAAAACUAACUUUAAAGACAAACUUAAAAGUUUCUUUGCUUUUUGAGUACCGGUAAGGUUCUAGAUUCAAGUAUUACACUUUGCAUCAAUCAAGAAUCGACUAAUUCAUUAUGCAGAUUGCAGAUGGUACACUUAUACCAGUAGUUACUCAAACAUCGUCCUUUUAUCUUAUGUAUUCAAGAAUAUACAGUACUUCUUGCCUUUAACUCUUACUCAUUUUGGGGGUGUCAAAAUUUAUCUGAAAUGUGCUGUGGUAUUCAAGGAGAACAGUAUAGGAUGAAAUCAUCUGGAUCUACCCUAUGGGUAAAAUGGACCAGUCUGUGCUGUGCAUUCAGUGCUGUGUUAGUGGUAGGAUAAUUAAGAUUCUUCCAUUGUGAUGAGGGUAGGUUUGUGGAUGUCAUGUAGAGGUAGACUCCACAGAGAAUAAAAUGUGGUGGUGGUUAUUUUACCUGACUGCUAAGAAAGCAUAAAUUCUUGUAAGCAACCAUGCAGAUGGCCGACAGCGUUAGGUCCUCUCUGAGGGACCUGGUAAUGAGGAUUAAUGCCUUACCAAAGGGCACGAGCGCAUCGCCUUGGUUUCAAACCCGGGUCACCGGAUUACGAGACCACUGCUCUACCAACUGAGCUAUCGCGCCUCCUCAGUACAGUAUUGCAGUAGUCGAUUACUGUCGGUAGGCUCUAGAUGUAGACAAUCUUUGAGAAUAUUCUCUUGUGAUACCGAAGGGCUACAAAUACAUUUCAGGCUACAUGAAGUUAAUUCCUACUUUCUCACCCCCACCUCCUUUCUAUCAGCCGGCCUUGGUUUGUUCAUUUCUCAGUUUUUCUUCCGUCCGUAUGUUUGUCCCGCUUUCUCGUUGACGCGAUAUCUCAAGAACCACUAGAGAAAUGAUGUUACCUUCAAUCGUAAUGUUAGUAUGUUUCCACUGUAGGAAAAUAAUCUGAUUAGAUUUUGCGGUCUGGAUUAAAAUGUUAAGUUUUUGUAUGCUUGCUUGAUGCCCCUUUUUGAAUUUACCCAAAAAAAUUGAAGGUCCAGCAAUAUACAUCAUGUUAGCAUUCAGCCAAUAGGAUACACUCUAUAUAACAAAUAUGUGUAUCAGUAUAGAGCCUGAGCACUGUUAAAACGUAAGUUGCAUUAUAUUGGAGCACUUCAGGUAUGCGAUCUGAAAUGAAUGGUGCACUAAAUUGCUAUUGAUACUUACCUAUGAUAAAUUUCUGUUUUUUUUCUUCUUUUUCUUAAGAUACAUGUAUGUUUCAAUAAGUCUAAAUAUUACUCUACUGGACAUACAUUGAGAAUAAUGGACCAGUCUUUGAUAUGAAAUGUUAUUACAUAUUUUUAUGCAUAGAUUUAGAAAUGUUUGAUUUCACCAUUUUAGUGUAAACAAGCAUGUUUCAUUUUAUUGGGUUGGCUGCAGUUAAUGGCUCAAUGUGAUGGAGAAAAAAAACUGCAUGAAUAAGAAUUGCAUGAUGAUGUACUAUAAUCUAUGUGAAAUGCUGCAAGAAUUUGCAGGUUUAUUUUUAUGUACGCUCAUGUAAUGUAUGUAUGUUGAAAAGGUUGUUUCGCUACUAUAUAUGAAUAAAUUUAAUACCAAAGUACAGUAAUUUUGACUCUUCCACUAAAAGUGGCACCUGAUAAAUGUUUUCAAUUAUCUGAUCUUUCUGCCCAUCCAUAAUUUGGGGUUAUCUGUUUGAAGUUUUGAACUAUGUAGCGGUAGUUGAGUGGUUAACAAAUUUGACUGGAAAUGCAAAGGUGAUGAGUUUGAAUUGGACAUAUGGCUCAAGUGUACCUUGGCAAGACAGUAGUUUUUAUGUAUAUUUGCCACUCUCCACCCAGGUGUUGAAUUGGUACCGGAAUUCCUUUGAUGCUGUGAGCACUGAAAUUAUUAGCCUGUGUUGAAGCUGAAGCUUCUCGCAUCGUGGAUGUUAGCGCUAUUAAAAUAUCCAUUAUCAUCAUUAUUAUUACCAG